AUGCCAGUUCCAUUCGAAGCAGUCCUUCACAUGUCCAUGGUGGUCGUCAUGUUUGGCGUCGCCGGUACCGGCUACAACGUCGUCCGACGUCUUGCUGAGGAUGGCAAGCCAAUUCGACACUCGCUCGACGACUGGGAGCGAAUGAUGAUGAAGAGAGAUGAACGGUUGACUGGCAGUUUGAGAGGUCAAAGUACAAACCCUAUAGCACCGAAAGAGUUUGCGACCAACUCGGCCUGGAGCACCGAGAAGCUAUCUUGA